AAGAUGACCUAGAAUCGAAAUUAAGGAACUUCUCCUUAUCAGAAGCAGAAAAUUCAAUUGUAGAUCUGGCCCAGGAGGAUAUCAAGCUAAGCAAAGAAGAAUGCAUCCGAAGCUUAUUUGGGAAAAUCAUCGGGGAUCGAAAAGCCAGUUUAUUCGGUCUCAAGCGAACGAUGACCCAAAUAUGGAAAAUUCAACACUCAGUGGAAAUAAGGGAAUUGAGAACAAAUUUUUUUCAAUUUAUUUUCGAAAGCAGAGAGGACCUCAAGAAAGUGGCUUCGGGAACCAACUGGAUCUACGACAAUCAAUAUUUGAUUCUACAAGAAUGGCAAGAUAAUAUAAGCAGCACUCACACAAGCUUCGAUAUCUUGCAUCUCUGGGUUCAUGUAUACAAUGUUCCAUUUCAUUGGCAAUCUGCGGAAGUGGGACUUAAAAUUGGCAGGCUUUUUAAGGGAGUAAAGAAUGUUACUUUAUCUACAGCAGGGGAUAAUGGAGCAGGUAGAGUUAUCAGAAUCCUAGCAGCUAUCAAUAUAAAAGAACCACUCUUGAGAUGUGCAAAUGUCAGGCUGGGAAAUAAAACAAUCAAAGUUAGUUUCAAAUAUGAGAAGCUGGUUAAUCUCUGUUAUUAUUGUGGCAAAUUGGGACACCUUGAUAGGGAUUGCACAAAAAGGAUAGAGGACAUUGCUCAGAACUCUCUCCAAGAAGGGCAGUUUGGAGAAUGGCUAAAGGCAGGAGACAACACAAUAACCUAUCCUUUUCAGCAACACAGCACUUCAGGGUCUAGUAUGGCAAGAAGCUCAGAGCAUGCUCCUAAAUCAAUCUCCCCUCCCAUCAACCAAGCUUUUGAUCAAAAUCACAGAGAUACUAGUACAGCUGAUAAUCUUUUCAAUCUUAACAGCUUGGUGGAAGUCACAGUGCACUCUCAUCCAGAACAGCAAAGAGUGGCAACUCAAAACACACUAAGUAACAAACAAGCAUUACCUCUGCUACCAAUGGACACCAGUGUUCAGAGCAAAGAAGCAAAAACAAUUGCCUCCACCGACAUGAUCCCUUCUGAACAACUGCACGACUCUCCCACCAACAUGGAAACAGAGAAGAAUGUUGAUGACAUAGGCAAAGCAAAUAAAGAACCUGCAAUCAAGAAAUGGAAGAGAGUAGCACAAAACAGAGACAAAGCUCAAAGAACUCUCACCAUUAAUGAACCAGCUCCUCACAUCAUAUGGAAAGUUGUUAACCCUACUGGGACUGCAGGAGGUUUACUUUUACUAUGGAGUAAGGAUGUUUUGAUAUCUCAAAUUAUCUGCCAUAACUUUUGUAUGGAGGUAGAAUACUACACUCCCUUCACUAAUAAAUCUUCUUGGAUCAUUUUUGUAUACAUGAGCACUGCCAAGAACACCAGAGAACAUCAGUGGGAUCUUCUUAAAGGGAUGCAACAAAAAUGGGGGAGCUCAUGGCUUUGCGCAGGUGACUGGAACGACAUUUGCAAUCCAGUUGAAAAGAGAGGAGGCUUGCCAAGAACUCCAACAAGCUGCUUGGGAUUCAACUCUUUCAUCUCUGACCUGGGUAUGAUUGAACUCAAAUGGGUGGGCUAUAAUUACACCUGGGCUAAUAACAGAGAACAUGAGGGCUUUGUAGAAGAAAAAUUAGACAGAGCUUUCUGUUCAAUUGAUUGGCUUACUGAACAUCCAAAUGCUACUGUGGAAAACAUUCUUAGGAGCUCCUCAGAUCACAGCAUGCUGCUCAUUAACACAAAUGCUACACCUCAACAGAUGAAAAGUAGAUUCUCCUUUGACAAGAGGUGGAUUUCCAAAGAAGGUGUCAACGAUGUGAUAGCAAAGGCAUGGAACCAGCCAUGUGAAGGCACACCCAUGUACAGAGUCAAAGAAAAGAUCAAAGCAACCAGAAUAGCAUUGAUCCAUUGGAGUAGAAACCAUCAUUCAGAAAAUCAAAAGAAAAUUCAAACUCUCACAUCUGCACUAGAGGAGCUGAGAACUGCAGGAGGGGAAAGAGAUUGGAAUUCCUGGAAUUCAAUAAAGAACCAACUAGAUGCAGCCUACUAUCAGGAAGAAGUUUACUGGAAACAAAAAUCAAGAAUGUUGUGGCUAAAAGCUGGGGACAAAAACACUAAAUUUUUUCAUGCCUUCACAGCUCAGAGAAGAAGAUUGAAUGCAAUCACUAGGUUGUUUGAUGAAAAUGGCAACCUAAUUGAUGAUCAUCAGAGCAUAAAGAACUGUAUAUGCAGAUAUUAUGAGAAUUUAUACUCAUCAGAAGGCCCAGCUGGAAACUUGGAGAUCCUCUCAAAUAUUCCUCAAACUAUUACAGAUCAGCAAAACGAGGAGCUUAUAGCAGAAUCCACGAUAUUUUUCAGCAAGAAUUCACCACAGCAGCUAAAAAGAAGCAUCUGUUACAUUCUCAAUAAUAUCACAGAGCAUACAUCCACCAAAUACCUAGGUUUGCCACUGGGUAUAGGCAAAUCCAAAGCUCAAGCCUUCUCCUUU